AUGCUUUUCCGAGCGCUGCCUGUCCGCCGCUGCACAGCGCUGCCAACGAAAUGUGGCGAUGCCAUUUUCAGCCUCCCGCACCCAUUGCCUCUUGCACAUACGCAUUCCAGAGGGCCAUUGCGUGUAUUUAGUUCCAGAGGGAAUGCCUUGGGAAAAGAAGCUACGCAGGACCAUUUUUCAGAAAGGAAGUCUCUCCCAGCUUCCCAAUCUCUCGAAGCUCAAACUCCCAAGGCUGCCAGCCAGAGGAACGAUAUUCGUCAGAACCCGCAAGAUGGAGUUAAUAUAAAAGAGCAGCGGAAAGCGGACUGGGCUAUUAUGAAAGAAAUGGCCAAGUAUCUCUGGCCUAAGAUCCUCAAUGUUCAAGUUCCCUUUUAUUUUAAAAAUAUUGUCGACUCGAUGAAUAUCGAUUUUGCGACUCUCGGUGGCACUGCAUUCACAGUUGCGGGAUCGAUGAUUAUUGCUUAUGGCGCAUCUAGAAUUGGAGCAACGUUGUUCCAAGAGCUCCGGAAUGCUGUUUUUGCAAGCGUUGCGCAGAAGACCAUCAGAAGAGUUGCCCAAAAUGUAUUCGACCAUCUGCUUCGGCUGGAUUUGAAUUUCCAUUUAACACGACAAACCGGUGGUCUCACUCGGGCCAUUGAUAGAGGUACAAAAGGAAUAAGUUUCCUUCUCACUUCAAUGGUGUUCCAUAUAUUCCCGACAGCGUUGGAAAUAUCCUUAGUUUGUGGUAUCUUGUCCUACCAAUAUGGGCCAAAAUUUGCGGCCAUUACCGCAGCGACCAUGGUAGCAUAUACCGCAUUUACAAUCACGACGACGGCUUGGCGAACGAAAUUUCGAAAACAAGCUAAUGCAGCUGAUAAUAGAGGAGCCACUAUAGCUGUCGACUCUUUAAUCAACUACGAAGCCGUCAAGUACUUCAACAAUGAGAGGUUCGAGGUUUCUAGAUAUGACAAGGCUUUGAAAGGAUAUGAAGAUGCGUCAAUAAAGGUCACCACAUCCUUAGCUCUGCUCAACUCGGGCCAGAAUGUUAUCUUUUCCGGUGCACUCGCUGGAAUGAUGUACCUAGCGGCAACCGGUGUUGCUGGCGGUCAAUUGACUGUAGGGGAUUUAGUCAUGGUCAACCAACUCGUGUUCCAGCUCUCAGUGCCAUUAAAUUUCCUUGGAUCCGUGUAUCGGGAGUUGAGACAGUCCUUGCUUGACAUGGAAACGCUAUUCAACCUUCAGAAAGUUAACAUCACAGUCAAAGAAAAGCCAGAUGCUAAGCCACUGCAGCUCACUCGCGGUGGUGAAAUUAGAUUUGAGAAUGUCACAUUUGGUUAUCAUCCCGAUCGAGCGGUUUUAAAAGGCGUCAGCUUCACAAUACCCCCAGGCCAGAAGUUUGCAAUCGUUGGUCCCAGCGGCUGCGGAAAAUCAACCAUAUUACGUCUCUUAUUCCGGUUCUAUGACGUGCAAGGAGGUCGGAUUCUAGUUGAUGGCCAAGACAUUCGCGAUCUGUCCUUGGAUAGUUUGAGAAGGGCUAUCGGUGUAGUUCCACAAGACACUCCGCUUUUCAACAACACUAUCGAACACAAUCUCCGUUAUGGUAGGGUAGAUGCGACUGCCGAGGAGGUUCGGAACGCCGCACGCCGGGCCCACGUCCAUGAGCUCAUCGAGCGACUACCUGAGGGGUACGAGACACCAGUGGGAGAGCGUGGAAUGAUGAUAUCAGGAGGAGAAAAGCAGCGGCUGGCGGUUGCCCGACUCAUCCUCAAGGACCCCCCUCUUUUAUUUUUCGACGAAGCUACAUCCGCUCUAGACACAUACACGGAGCAAGCGUUGCUUCAAAACAUCAACAGCAUCCUCAAGGAAAAAGCACGAACGAGCGUCUUCAUUGCUCAUCGACUGCGAACUAUCUAUGACAGUGACCAAAUUCUCGUGUUGAAGGACGGGAAGGUUGCGGAGAGCGGAGCGCAUACUGAACUUCUGGGUAUGGAAGGGGGCGUUUAUGCAGAAUUAUGGAAAGCCCAGGAAAGAUCUCUCUCUCAGGACAUCGACCUUGAAGUUGAGGAAAUGGAGGCGGCGAUAUGUAGCAAGAAUACUUGGGGCUUUGUACAGGUUAUCGGGUCAAAUGAUCCCACGGUAACAUCAUCAUCCUCGUGGGAGUGGUGUCCGCUUAAGCAUCUAGCCGCGCACAAAACUGCUAUGAGCAUACUAUCGAUGCCCAAGGUGUUUGGUGUUUUUCUGGCUGGAGGACGCCACAAACCUUGA